AUGUCGGCUCCACUAAGGCUGGCCCCCCCUAGCAGAGCUUUGUCUUGGAGCAGCAUGAGCUCUGAUGGCCGGAGAAGGCAGCCUCCACGUGUUCGCGCGGUCUGGCUGCUGUGCCUUCUUCUCGGAGCCGCGCUUCCGGCCUCCGUUCCGCCGCUCUGGUGGCGGAAGGGUCGACCUCGGAAGAUUUUGGGGAGCAGGGCUGAGGCGGAGCUCCUUUGCCAGCUGGCCGUGCUACUUAUGCCGGGUGUGCCCAUCGCCGAGGCUUUCCGUGAUUUUCCGGUGGAGAAGUCGGAAGCAUGGUGUUCCUGCAAACUGUCCCCGGAUUUGGCAGCUUACGGGGUGCUCAGAGCAACCGAUGCUGCCCUGUUCAUCGAGUACGAUGGCUACUAUCGACACCUGGAGCCACCGGGCCUGGCCAGGGACAUGCGCAAGACCAGUGCGCUGCUGAAGUUCGCUCCUGCAGGAUCUAUCGUACUGAGAAUCGCGCACAAGAAACGAAAGUGGAGGGACAAAUCCACGCAAGUAUUGGUGGACAGCUGGUGUGCUGAGCACGAGCCUUCGCUCCUAAAGGCCCUAAAUCAGGUCGCGGCUUCUCUUUUGCAUCAGUCUCGUGGCAGGCUGCAUCCCACACUAGCUUCACGCCUGCAAGCCUUCGCUGCAGAGGAAGGCAUCAACAAGGAUGCAAGUACCCACGCUCAAGAGGCUGAGUUGGUUGGCAUGUCAGACAGCAGCAGGCCGAAUUUGGAAGAGUUUCUUUGCAAGGAGGUAGGUUUGAAUACGUGGCAGGUUGCCAAGGUGAUCGCGAAAUCUCCUCAAUUGAGGGAUCUGAGCAUUGAUGAAAAUCUGAAGCCAACAGUCGACUGGAUGAAAGGGCUGGGCCUGAGCCAGUCGCAGGUUGCCAAGGUGAUCGCAACAUGUCCCCAGGUGCUUGGCUACAGCAUUGAGGCAAAUCUGAAGCCGACGGUCGAAUGGAUCAAGGGGCUUGGCCUGAGCCAGUCGCAGGUUGCCAAGGUGAUCGCAACAUGUCCCCAGGUGCUUGGCUGCAGCAUUGAGGCAAAUCUGAAGCCGACGGUUCAAUGGAUCAAGGGGCUGGGCCUGAGCCAGUCGCAGGUUGCCAAGGUGAUCGCAACAUGUCCCCAGGUGCUUGGCUACAGCAUUGAGGCAAAUCUGAAGCCGACAGUCAAAUGGAUCAAGGGGCUUGGCCUGAGCCAGUCGCAGGUUGUCAAGGUGAUCUUGCGGCGUCCGCAAGUGCUUGGCUUGAGCAUUGAGAAAAAUCUGAAGCCAGCAGUAGAAUGGAUGAAGGGGUUGGGGAUGAGCCAGUGUCAGGUAGGUAACUUGAUUGCAGCAUUUCCUCCGGUGUUUGGCCUUCGUAUCGACACAAAUCUGUCAGCGAAACACCGCCUUCUACGGCAAUAUUUCACCGGAGAACACGCAGCACAGUUGUUGGCCCAAUCACCUCAACUUUGGAGCUACAGGUAUGCUCGGCUGGAACAUCGCUUGUCAGUGCUGCAAUCUCACAACCGGCUCUUCCAGCUUGCGGGCGCCAUGACACUUCCCCUGGAUGCAUUCAGUCGCAGAUAUCCUGGGACAUGA